CCUUGACUGCCGUGCAUUGAAAGCGAGUGGUGCAGUCCAGCAAAGCUGAGAAACGGUUUUCGCUGAGACGCUGUAUUUCACCGCUGUAGAACGGAUUUUUACGACGGUUCUAACAUUUCAUUUAUAUCUAACUGGUUUUCAGACAGCGGCUUUCUUAACUCGCCAUGGCUCUGUGCGGGGGUGUCGGGGCCAUGGCUUUACCUAGCGAGCUUAUUGUGCACAUAUUCUCCUUUCUGUCUGAUCGGGACAAGCUCCGGGCCUCGGCCGUGUGUUCACGCUGGAGGGAGUGUCUGUUCUACCCUGCUCUGUGGACCGAGCUCAAACUGCGGAUAGGUGGUGGUUGUAACGGCAGCAGGUCCAGCUCCGAGGAGACCUCGAGACUAGAGUUUCUCAUGCGGAAGUUUGGCUCGUUUGUGCGUGAGAUACAGGUGGAAGUCGCACUGGCCGGAGGCUGCCUUAGCCCUUUGAACAGCGACCCGUCCACCACCAGGAUGGACCAUCCUCCCGGUCCUGAUAGUGACCCGCAGCUCCCCGAGCGAUGGAGAGACGCCAUGGCUACCUACUUGGACCAGGUGUUGUGUGUAUUCAUCAGCAUCCGAAACAAUAGAAACCUGCAAAAGCUGAGUCUGUAUGGAGACACAUGCAUUCUCCAGCAGGAUGGAGGAUACAGCUCUAUCCUGCACCAGAUUCACCAGGGAGACAAAAAGAUCAAUGAAAUCCAGCAGUUGUUCAUGGAGGUGCUGUCUAACAGCAGGCAGCUGCGGUGGUUGUCUUGUAGCUUCAUGCUGGGUCUGGUGACUUCGUGCUCUUUGGCCUGCCUGUCAAAUCCUUCAGCUGAGACCCUACAGCAUCUUAGUGUGCUGGACCACCAGCUAGGUCCUCUCAUAUCACCAUCAGAGCUGGAACGUCUCUCUAAUCUUCAUUCUCUGGCUCUGGAUUUCUCUGACUUGACAUCUGAGCUUUGUGGUCUGCUGGCUUCUCCACACCGUACUCCACUGCACCGCCUCUCCCUGCUGCUGAACGGCGCUGCCCUAGAGUGCAAACCAUUAGAAGGGAUUGCUACAGAGGAUGACUGGAAGGCACUGGUUCGUGUGAGUGCCAACCUACGAGUGUACAUCAUGGCCCUGGAGGUAGACAGCUCAGAGCUCCUCAGGGUCCUAAAGCCUAGCCUGCCUCUGGAGCGCCUUCACCUCGACAGUUGCAGCACACUGGUGACCGACGCCACAUUGGAGCUCGUCUCUCAGCAGUACAAAAAAACACUGACUCAGUUCCUGCUCCUGAGGGAUGGCCCUGACUUUCCUGACCUCAGUAUCAAUCGCAAUGAGGACCCAUUGGUCCUCUUAGCAUGGAGAUGUACUCAGCUGGCUGUACUGGUGAUACAUGGUUACACUGUGUGGUCCCACAACUUGGUGGCCAUCUCUCGGCUGCGAGGCUCCAGCCUUCGUGUCCUGACUGUCUCUGAGGAGAGCAUCGACUUUGAUCCAGACCAGUGCAUGGAAGGCAACCCAGUGCAUACCCUGGUCAAAGAGGUUUCACUGGGCCUCGGCCGUGUCUGGCACCCUUGUCUGGAUUCCAGCCUGGUUUUGUCCGAACCCACCCAGCACUUCCACCACGAGCUGCACGCCUUCAGCAUGGGCAUGUAGGCAGGGUUGGCAAACCCAAACCAACACAUCACAGUCCAAACUGUCUCAAGACCAGGCCAGACCCACCAGGCCCAAGUCAGCUCAGACCUCUGAACCAGGUCAGAAAUAGACCCAAGUGAGAAAUCGAAAAUGGAUCUUUGAAUAAUCUAUUAAUUAAAUUGACGCGAACUGAUGUGGGCUUUUAUUUUUUGUUUCUUUCAUAGAAGUCUUAGCACACAAUCAAGCCCCACCAGUUUCCAACAUAUUCCCUGUUCUCUUGCUUUGCUUCUUGAUGAUCUAGUUAGCCAGUGACUUGGAAAACCCAACUUAGUUGGGACUUUGUCCAGUUUAAGAAUAUUCAAAACUGGAUAAUAUAAUUAACCAUUUGAUAUUCAUUUUGUUUGAAGGAUUGCCAGUCUCUGAUGACUGACAAAUCUUUAGUCAUGAGAGUGUUUAAUUUGUCUACUAAAAUGGGUCAUCCUGCUUCUUAAAAAUGCCCUCUUGCCUGGCAUGACCCAGGCUGGUCUGGUCUUGCAACAAUAAGUAUUCAGAGCUCAAUGUUCCUCCUUCACCUUAACCUCCAGAAGCUCUAUAUAUUGUAACUUUGAAUUUUUAUUUUUUUUUCACUGUUUUUCAUCUCCCUGCUCUGUGUGUAAUCUUGUUUUUCCUGUGUGGUGGUUUCCUUGCCUGUAUAGGCUUUGUGUGUAUUUAAAUACAGAUAUUAAUAUCCUGCUCAUAGCUAGAACAGGACAGGCAGGUGGGUUGAGUGAUGGUCUGGUGGGAUUUGGGGUUGGAGGGAGUGGUAGCGCGUGUUGAGACAUAAGCUACUGUCUUUAUUUGUGAAACUUUAACUUUUGUUUUGUGUCUGUCAGUCUGCUCCAUUCUAGCAAAAGUUGGCAUGUACAAACUAACUGAUCAGUCACUUCCUGGGUAAUUCAACCUCAGCUGCUUCUUCUGUUGCACUGAAAGAGCACCUUGUGUACUUGUCCACUAAUCCAAGAGCCUUGCCAGCAGGGUUGGAAACUCCACUGUAAGAUAGCUGACUGAGGCUGGUGCAAAUCAGUUUAAACAGCCAUAUGAGUGCCAUGACGUGAGUGGCAUUUCAAAGCCAGCUGGGUUUUUUAAGGGUUAUGAGCCCCUUACUGGUGGUGUUAUGGAGAAUAUUGUUGCAUGCUUGCUGCCAACACAUUUCCAACCCUGCACACUUGUCGACUUUUUGAGAAGCCUCACCUGUUGGCUAAAUAGAGAGCCUUGUCUUCUGACUGACAUUCAGAGCCAAUAAUUAAGAGUCAACCCAUCAUAGUCAACACACCCCUACUGUGUAUUAAUUUGUAGUGAGCUGGUAGUAGAGCUUCUAUAUUCAGGAUAAAUAUAGCUGUCUUUGCUCUCCUUUAGAAAUCACCUGGUAUCACCGGUUCCAGUGUCAGGAUAUCAAGUCAAAUGAAUGAACAGGAGAGUGCACCAUGACAUGAGGGUCUUCAGAUAGUUCUGCAUUAUUCAAGAGAGGACAGGUUUUCAUUCCAUAAUGCCAUAUACAUCCUUGUUUUGAUAAAAUCUUUGUGAAUGCUUCCAGAUUCUCAGCAAGGCCAUGCUGAAAUAUCAGUGUUCUGUCAGCACAGCUUCCUAAGUUGGCAGAUACUAAAUCUAGGUUUUGCAGUUAUGCUAGCAGUACUGGGGGUAGGAAGCAGUUUUUCCACAGUGGUGAUCUUCUUGUUAUAGAGUAAAGCAAUUCAUGAUUUUGGAUAGAGACAAGAAAAGGGUGCACUGAAUGUAACUCAACUCUCAUGCUGUUGGCCAGUUAGGCAAGUUUGUUUUGUUUUGUUUUUUAUUGAAGGCUUACUGUGUGGUUGUAUUUGCUACAGAAAAUUAUCAGAUUCAUAUCCUGCUACAAUAGUUGGGGCUGCUGAAUAAAUGAGUUUGGACAUUCUGCUCUUGGUUGGUGGAGAAAUGGUGUCUACAGCACAACAAAGUUUUGUUUUUGUUUUUGUUUUUUUGAGAUGGAAGGUUCUUCUGUCAGUGUCUGGUAGGGUUUUAACAUCACUAUGACCAGGACAGAGGUGGUGUUGAUGCUGUGCAAGGUGUGUGAAACAAUCGGUUAAUGUGAGAAAUACUCUUAUUUAUUUUGUCUUAAGUCACAGUUGCCUUGGAAACAAACCCUUGCUUUCUGGAUGCAGUUGAUGUUACUGAUGAUGUUUAUCUUGCCAUCUGAUGAACCCUCGCUUCACCUUGGAUGAAGGGUCAGCAAACUUAAUCAUACAUUUGUUUUCAAAGAUUAAGCUAGACUAAGGAAUGGCAAAGUCGAUCUGCUCAUUGCACAUGUUUUGUAUGUUCUGUACCAGGAUAGGGAGUGACUGGAGCAGUCGAUGGAGGACCUGCUGGGCCCAAUUACUCUCUGAACUGAAUGUAGUCAGUUUGCAGGAGUAAGUGACACAGUAGCUUUUGUCUGGCUGUGCUGCUGGCUUGUUCUUUAGGCAUUCAUUCUCAAGGGUAAGGAGAUGGCUUUGACUUCAGAUUCUAACUUUUGAGAAUCACUGAGUGAACACUUUUACAAAUGAUUUAAUUGUUCCUGCAGCUCAGUGAAAGUGCUAACAUGUUCAUGGUCCAGGCCAGGCACCAUAGACAAAAUAUCUUGUGCUUCAGACACAUCACAAGCUGAUAACUGGGCGCAGUAUUUUUUGUGUUGGAUGCUCCAGUGUGGUGACUUUCAAGUGCUUAUGACUUUCAAAUAGCCAUUGGUAGGAAAGUUAUCCUCCCAAGAGCAAUGGUACUGCAGACUGUGAGGGUCCAUAUCAAGGUUAUAAUUUACAAGGCUGACUAUUUUACUUUUUAUUUUAUUUUAUUUUAUUUUAUUUUAAGGGUGUACUGAUACGGAGCCACAGUUAAAAUAAAAGCAGACCAGCACUUUUGCUUGGUUCAGAAUGAACUGGUCCUAGUAGUGGGCCUGUGGUUACCAAAUGUUUGCUUGUUUGUUAAAGGGCCUUGAUGGUUUAGCCAUCUAGUUCUUGGUCCGUAUCUCAGGAGAAAUGCACUUUGGUACCAAGAGUUUCGUUGUGGCCAUCUGUGGCUGUGUGUGUAUAGAGCUAUACACUCCCACUCAGAGGGGACAGCAGCACCAACAUAACACUUUUUAGACCAAAAUAUGUUGGUUUUUUUAUCUUCUCCUCCCUUUUUUGUUCUCAUCUCUCGUUUUAAAGCUGAACUUUGUUUCUUUGUAUUGUGUAUGGUCAUUGUGUAAUAAGAAGGAAUAGUCACAGCAGUUUUGUCAUCUCUGCUAGGUAGACAGAGUUUUACAAACAACUGAUUUGAACAAGCCAGUUUUACAGAUUAGCUAUUGCUGGCACCUCACUAGAAGUCAGAUGUCAUUGUUUCAGUCCUUAUGGCCCAGGAUAAAAGAAGAGUUGUGUUUUUGCAAGACAGCUCAGACAUGUCAGCUCCAGCAGAAUAAAUUUUGUCACGUUAUGCAUACAAAGCACUUUUCUCAUCCUAGGUUUCACGUCCCACACAGUGUUCCAAGAUGGAGGCCUUAGGAGAAAUCUUGUAGGAACAUGUAGGCCACACAACUUCAGAGGGAAAAAUGAACAGUGAUGUAGAUAAUACACAUGAGUAGAAAGUCAUUCCAAAGCAGUGUCUUAUUGAUUAUUGCUUCUGUUAGGUUUUGUUUUGUCACUGAAACACACAAAAAAUGUUAGUGAAGAUGGUGUGGAUAGAGCUUUGUGACAAGACUGUGUGAGCAGCACAGAUAGGCACACUCCUCUCAGACAGUUGGACACAUCAGGAGACAACCAGUAUGCCUGAUCCCUGUGUGUCAUUGCCAAUAGCUAAAUAUAGAGCCAUCUUGUGCCUGACAGCUUCUGGAGUCUCACUGAUUUUCCAUCCUCUGCUCUGCCCAAGUUGUUUGUUAAUUGUUGCGAUUGUAAGUUUUCACUUUAAGGAAGCAGUAUUAUGCAGUAACUAAGGUUCCAGCACGUGUUGUAAAUUCCCUUGGAGCGUACCUGUAUGUACAAGUUUUCAUGUGAAACUGUCAAGUGUAACCUGUAGAAAUGUGUGAAUGAGACGGGAUGGAUAUGUGUAUGCUAAGUUAUCAGCCAUGAAACAAUCAUACAUGUUCUGUAUAGUGUGUGUAUUUAUGGGGGGGCUUGUUUGAUGUCCAGUGAUAGAGUUGUAUCACUUCUACUGCAGCAAGAAACGGGAACAGAAAUCGUUUAUUCUCAGGGUACAGUCAGUUUUCAAGUGGAGGAGAUAAAGUAACAAUAGCUCAGGCAUCUAGCUCACACAUAUGAAUAUUAAGAGUCACUGGAUCUGUUCUCCUCCCUUGAUGUGUUUUUUGCUGCCAAAGACCACAGUAGAACAAAAGUAACACAGGCACAGGUCACUCUGAAGUGCCCACGUAUACAACCACUGGCAGGAAGCGGCUCUAGUAUUAUCCUCUACUCACCGCCUCCUUCUAGUAUUUUCUAUGCUGUCAUUUAUUUCUUUGUCCUUUAGUCCUGGAUUCUUCCACUGACAAGUGCCACUCUGUUUUUUUGUCCAGCCUCAGGCCUUGUUAUACGAUGGACCACACUGUGCUGAACAGUAUCAUUCUGUGGUUGGGACUUUAAACAAAAGCUUGGCCAGUGUUUCCUUAGUGGCCGCACUCUUAUUUCAAAUUUAGGAUUUCACUGACUGGUUGCGUAGGAUGUGUGUUUAUGGUGGACAUUUAUUUCCAAUCUGUUCUAAUUAAAAGAGGCUAGCGGCCUUGUUUCCACAACUGGUACAAUGUGGCCAGAUUCCACUCUCUAAAUGCUGCACCUUCACAGAGCAGAGCAAGGCCUUGCUAGUCCGGUGCAGUACAGUUAAUUCGUGUAACAGAGGUUUACGCAGACAUGCCUGGAGUUGGACCAUGUCAACAAUAUUUGCUUGCCACCACACUCCUUCCUGUUUCUCUUUUCUCCAUCACCUGUUUCACUGUGAGGAGUGAGUGAAUGUAAAACUAAUUUUGAGGAGGACAUGAGGUUUGGUUCAAGCUCCGCACAUGUCAGGGACUAAGCACUCCCUCAGGUGCUUCCAAAAGUUACUUUGUGACAGAUUGUAGCUUCCUAGCAAGGACAAAGGCCAUUGUGCCUGCUGUGAUAUGCUGUAUGGUGUGUAAGGUCAAAUAUGAUAGCAAGCUUUUAGUGCCAGCCUUUUGGAGCUGUAAAGUGCUGCUGCUAGAGAUGUACAAGGAACAGGACAUUCCAUAUAAAGGGUCACUCAGGCCAUCUGACUACAAAUGGUUUACUACCUACAUGGCUAAAGUGUCUGCAACCCCCCCGUCUCAUUUAUAAUAUGCUAUACUUGUAGUGGUCUGUUUUUGAAGCGAUGCAGCAUCUAGUACAAACGAAUCACACCAGAUUAACAACUCGCUCUUUUGAAGGUUAGCUAUGUUGCUAAUUAAUAUCUGUUUCUGCUUUCACUUGAUUCCUCUGCACCUUGAGGUCAUUCAAGGACUGUUUGUCCAGUACACGGGUGGUCACAAGUGAAAGCACUCCACACAGGCUGUGCUAUAUAUGAGGACUAGCAUAUACAGAAAGCGGUUGACACACAGCUAGCGGAGCCUUAGUUUUAACAGGUUCUGCCACUACAGUGACAGGCUUGAAGGCUCGAGAGGGGAGAAGGGUGUUAGUUAUUCAUGAGAGGAUGGCUAACAGUUGCUACUUUGAUGUAGUUGGAGCAUGUUCUGUCCUUUUGUUCUGUUUGUUUUGUUUUUUGUUCCUUAUUUUUUAUGCUCUUUAUAUGCAUCUGUAAAGAAAUCCUGGAAGGCAGCAGGGCCCCAGUGGCCUGAUGGGUAAUUGAAUCCCUACAGAGCUGGCCUCUAAUGUAAUCCAUCUGAGACAGUUUGCCUUGACAGCUCAUUAAGGCUGUAGUCUUACAGACAUUUGUCUUGUGUUUAAAAAAGCAAACAAACUGUGAGCUGAUUGAUGUGAGGGCGUGCUGUUGUCAUGUACUGGUGAGAUAAUAAAUUAUAAUCCAGGAAGUCCAGCUAGUAGGAGGAGAUGUGUCGAAUGCCAAAAGCGCACACACCGGAUUUUACACUUCUGGAAAGUUACCAUGGCAGUCACGAUAAUUGUUUCCCUGCUGUGUCAGUAUACGUCCCACAUUCAAAUGAAUGAGAAGGCCUAUGAUGGAUUUUUAUUUUUUGUUUUUCCUUCACAGUGAAAGUCUGUCUGGACAUGGUUUGCUAAUGUGUUGUGAACUGUGGUUAUACAGGGGUCUGGACAUGUCUGUCUUAUCAGGCCCAUAUACAAAGAGUUGGGUUUGGCAAUACUUAAUAGCCAAUACUGAUACCACUGACAUGGACAAACGUUUGAGUGCGUGUUGUUAUAGUACCAAAGUAGCAUCAGGCUCAGUCACAGACAGACACACAUCAGACAUGACUAGUUUCAUUUCCAUUUGAAUCAUUGCCAACUGCAUCUGUGAUCUUGAUUCUCAGGAUGUUUGAGUUCACUUAAAAAUAGCCUUAGAAGAGGUGAAAACAUGGUUCUUGCCUAAAACCUUUACUGAAAUAGAGAUGGGGAAUGUGAAAUGUUUCUGAAGUUAAGAGACAGGGUUUCCUGAUCACAGUGCAAGAUUUCAGAUGCUUCCUUUGUGUUUGUUUUUGUUUUUUAAAUCUAAAUGCUAAGACCAUGGACUACUACCAGCACAUGCCAGACUUUGAAUGAAUGAAUGUGAGAAAUCUGAUUAACAUCCUAUUACUUGGGGAAAAACACUGGAUGUGCAUUGCACUGGUUUAAAUCAGUCGUGUAUAACGGAUAUAGCUCGACGUGUGUGAGGCUAGUUAUAAUCUCAGAGGAGGAAGGGGGGGUCGCACAGUGAAGGCCUUAGAGGACUAAUGUUCUCCAUUUUUCAGUUUUUGCCAUAGCUGACACUAAUACUGGUUUUCUAGCCAGCUUAUGAUGAUGAUCUCAGCGUGACUGGAAUGUGGUAGUUUUACAGAAGAAACCACAAAAUGGCGCUGAUGACAUAACCAGGCCAAAGUAUCAGAGCUGUGCUGCAUACUGUUGAGGUUGAUCUAGCACCUGGCUAUACGGAGCUGAUAUUCAUGGUCAGUGUCAGCCAAUUGUCUUCAUUUAGCCGUCAGCUACUGUGGCUCUGAUGUUUGUGACUGGUUAAACAAAGUCUUUCUUGUCAAGCCUGGAGAGCCAAACCUCCUAAUUGACCAGGCAGGCAGGCAGGCCUGCUGCCCAGACUGGUCUCACAACUAUGCAAGAAGAAUGCAUAUAAUCCACACCCUUCAGUUUUUAAUUUUUUUUUUUCCUGUUCUGUUUUUAUAUUUAGUUUUGCUUACUGUCACAUUGUAGAUAUGAAGAUGUAAACUAAUAAGAACUUGCAAAGACAAUACUUGGCCUUAUGAUGAUUUAUGAAAUGUUAUCAUUUAGUUUUAAGACCUUCUGACUCUGGUCAGCCAGCCCAAUGACAGCAGCGGUGACAGCGGGCUCACUUUUGGUCUCUGUGAGACUUGCUAGUCGGCCCCAGUUUUAUCGUGGUACGAAUGUUGUGCAUUUGUUUAAAAUCAGGACAGUUUGCAAUAACAGCAGUCUUACUAGUGGCCACAAAGGGGCACAAGCAGUGCUGACAGCGCCCGGGCUGCGUCUUCAGAAAACCAUAGAGGAAGAAAUAUAAACUAUAUAAAUAGAUAUAUUAACUCACACAGUGCAUAUUUGGUAUCAGCAAUGCAUUACCGUGGAUUACUCUUAUGCAACACAUGUCCAGGUUCAAUUUAUGAACAUUAAGUAUAUUCUGAGAUCUUACAGACUUUGUAAAUCAGACAUUGUUGUUUUUUGUUUUGUUUUUUGCAAAACCAGUUUUACCAUCCUUAAUAUUCUGAGCAUUAUGUUCCUGUGUGAUUGUGUUUGUUCAGUUGAACACAGCAGUGGGUUUUACCUUCCUUCUGUAAGCAGGGAACCAGAUGAAGCCCAAAAUCCAGUUGGACAAGAUUUCAUUUAUCAUGUAUCAUAUUGCAGAGACAUUCUAAAACAUCAAACUCUGAUCUAGACAUGGUUUUUAAAUAACUGAGACGAGUUUUUAACUCAGCUAAAUUAUGAUUGCAUGUUUCAUACAAAGCAACAUCUGGUUCCAGAUUGCUGGGUACUCAACCACAAGGGUUAUAUCGACCCCAGGGUCCCCACUAGUGUUCAUGUGUCCAAACAUUUUCAUUAAGGACCUGCUUACACUUGGGUGAAUUUUUAAGACUGAAAUCUUCCCAGCUGUAGUGGAUGAGUCUGCAGAGAGAGAGAGAGAGAGAGAGUCCUCACCUGCUGAGAGGACAAUUUUUAUCAUGGUUCUACUGUGGAGAAAAACAAACCUCCAUGUAAAACCUCUUAAAUGACAGAUGAUGUACACUUAGGGGUCAACCUGCCGAAUGUUGAUUUGAUUUAAUGUUGAAUGAAUGCUUCUCUUCUUUUAGUCAGUGAAUAAAAGCAUUAAACCCGU